GUUAUUAUUCGGAGCAUUUUUCCGAUUGUCGUUCGCGGGUUCAGUUUUUGUGCGAAAAAAUUGCAUUUUAAACUUGUUAAUUUAUCAAUAAUAACGUUUGUUUCACCAUCAUGGGGAAGCCUUCUAAGCUGGCAACGUUUUGCCGGCUUUGCUUAUCGAAAACCAAAAACCGUGUGGGUAUUUUCGAUAAUGUAAAAUCGAUGCACAAACUUCUCAAGCUGAUUGAGUUGGAGGUUGAUCGACGUCGGGACUGUAAUGCGGUUAUUUGUUUCGAUUGCAUUGUAACCUUGGAAGGAUUCCAGCAGUUUAAAAAUCAGUGCCAUGUUAACGAUUCAUUCCUGAAAACGAUUCCAAACAACGGGGCUUCUGAUACCGAAAAAUCGGAUGAGGAGUACGAUUGCGAGUAUCUGGAUGACCACGACAACGUCAACAAUGAUUCGGAAGAAGAGGGCUUAGUUCGAGAAGAAGAUAUUAAACCGAUCGAUGUGAAACCAGUGGAUAUCAAACCAGUUAACGUGAAAAGAAGCCCACGCAUAGCAUCCAAGCGAGCUCGUAAAUCGUCCGUAGCUUCUGACUCUUCCGAGGAGCCUGGCCUAGUUGCCGAUGAAAUAGACAUCUCUAUUAAACCCGAAAAGGAGGAUGAAGAGGAGGAGGAGGAGGAGGAAGCAGAAGAAGAGGAAACCUCAAACUUUAAACGAGAGGAAUUGCAGGUCCUAGCCGAUGAGUAUCCGGAUUACUUUCAUUUUGAGAAAACUCCAAAGUCAAUCAACUUUACGAUGGUCUUCUAUGGGGAACGAUUCAAUGGGGCCCUUUUCUCGGAGGUGUACACCACCUGGCAGUGCGUCCACCGCGGAAGGUACAACUGUCCGGCCCAGGUCGUAGCUCGCAACGAUUACCAGCACUUUGAACGACGGUACGAGCACACCCACGGGGAGCUCCCGGAAACCGAAGGCGACAUCAUUCCGACCAUGGAAGCACUACCAGCCAUUUUCGAGCUGUCUGACAAGGCAGCUAAUGCGCGCGAGAAAGCCAAAAACAAGGCAAAAGCGAGGAAAGUCAAGAAAGUAAAACCUCCUAAGAAAGUCAAGCCCAAGCCUAAACGCAAACCUGUGAGCUCCACGAGGUAUCACAACGUCAACGAUGAAAGCGACGAAGAUUUCUCCUUUAAUGACGAUACGAUGGAAAGUUCUUUCGGAGAAACCAUAAAGCCGGCUAGCGUCGAAAGGUACAAACGGAAGCCUACGGAUAAAUCUGUUAUAAAGCUCAAAGCUAAUAGAACCACCAAAAUACUGGACGAUAUGUUGGUUCUGGCGGAUUCGUAUCCGGAUUUCUUCUACUUUGAGAAGGGUCCUAGAAAUAUCUACUAUUCGAUGAUAUUCUACGGCGAACGGUACAACACUGCCAUGUACAAGACCACCAUGACCUACUGGCAAUGCUACUGGAAGCGGAAGCACACCUGCCCGGCGAUUGUGGCUGUGAGCAACGAUUACAAAAAUUUCGAGAGACGCUUCGAGCACACGCAUCCAGAUUUGACCCCCAAAGUUCCCGAGGGAAAAAUUUUUACCCCGAUGCAGGCUCUACCGAAGAUAUUCGAAAUCUGUCGGAGCAUGGUUAUGAAGAAAAACCGUAACAUGCAGAGACAGCUUGUGGAAAAAUAUCACCAUAUACUGGAUAGCUCCGAGGACUCCUUUGCGCAAAAUGAAAGUUCGACAAAGUUAGAAACCGUUCCUUACAAACAAAAACCUGGUCCAAAAGUGGAAGAAUUUCUCAACUUGCAAGAAUCAUAUCCGGACUUUUUCCACUUUGAAAGGAGUGACAGAAAUAAAAACUUUUCGUUUAUUUUCUACGGCGAACGAUACAACAGUGCUUUGUACUCGGAACGAAAUACCUACUGGCAAUGUUACUGGCGCCGUAAACAUCGUUGCCCGGCUCGCGUUAUCGCUUCCAACGAUUAUCUGAACUUCGAACGACGCCACGAACAUACACAUGGGGAUCUGAAAUGCAAUGAAGGCACCAAAUACACUGCCCUGGAAGCCAUGCCAUUGGUGUUCGAAAUAACGCGGAAAAUGGUGCACCUGAACCGACAGAAACAUCGCAAUGAGGCAUCGCUUCGGAUGAAGGCUGAAAAGUUAACCAAAUUACUGAAACCAAGUGAUAUCAUUUUGGGUCCGUCGACCAGCAAAACCAAUAAACUGGCGCAGGCCAUGCAGGAAAGCGGCGUGGACGAGGCCGAUGAAGAUGUGGAAGAGAUGGAGCUGUUGGAGCAGGAUUUCGAAGGCAAUGAAUCACAGGAACAGCCAAUGUCGGACGACGGACAGAAAAGCGAAGAAGGUUUUAUUGGAUUCUAAUGACUCUCGUAUAAUGUUUAGCAGUUAAUGGUUGCUUCAAAUAUUUUGUUAAGAUAAUAAACUCUACUGAAUGGCUGCGAGAUUACA